AUGCAGAAUGAUACAUCUAUACCAGCUCUCAAACGAAAAAGGAUUGACAGUGGCAAUCUUUUGGAACCAGAUGGCUUUGCUAUCUCUAAACCUCCCUCGAAGCCUGGAAAAGCUGCGCCACCCACCUUUCGUUCGGCUUUCGAUACAUCCAAGAAGCACAGAGCUACAGAUAAUCACGACCCCCGUAAAGCGGAAUCGUCUUCGAACUCCAGAUCUACUGCCACGCGUCCCCUGGUUUCUGUGCCAGAUUUCACGCUCGAUCCUCAGCUUGCCUUAAUCCAGGUCGCUGAAGGCUCUCGUCGUAUUGCAUCUACACCCAAGAAACCGACUAGCAAGGUUGUUGCCUCUUCAGGGACAAAACUUUCGACCAAGUUUCAUAGCCCAUCUUUGCGGAUUGCUCCUGCCUCCAAGGAAGUACAGCCGGUGUUCCACGAAAACCAAUCCAUCCCGUCCGCAUCUUCUUCGACAAAACCCAUAUCAUUCUCAAAGCCCAAAAUUCCUCUUCUAUUUCCAAGACAGGACCCUGCUUCGACCAAGACUCCGGCGAAGCCUCUGCUUAAAUCAUUAGCACCUCCUCGUCUUCAAACACCAAAGCCUGCCCCCGGUCAGAAAAUUCUACCACCCCCGCCACCACCACCGAUAUCGGUGUCUACGCCGAGCAAGCCUCUUCGAACGAUUGCUACAACGCGAAUGGCUAGAGCCAUCGAUCUCUCCACGGAGAAUGGUGCAGCUGAGCUGGCCAGUAUUGUCCUACAGACUUCUUCAGAUUCGGAGACAGUAGAUACCACGGAUUUUAAAUCGGGAUUGGAAUUGAGUCCUCAGAAGAGUAAUUCGUUUGGGAGGAGCCCUAAAUUCGCUCGGAAUGGUCUCGCUGCUCAUGCAGCCUCUCUUCUUUCUCAUGCGAACACCUCUCUCGUUCUGUGGGAGAAAGAAUGUUCAACUCUGUCGACGUUCCCGAAGGCUGAUCUGCGCAUUCGUGUGGUCAGAGUCAUCCACCCUCCUGUUCACAAAACCAAUGCCCCUUCUAAAAUUGGCCUGGCACUCUGUCAGUUGCAUGACAAACGGGUCCUUAUCGAUGCUAAACUAGGAGCUACCACCGAAUUCCCCGUCCCGAAUAUGGAUGGAGAUGAUGCUCAAACGUCUACAGCCUUGGUCUUGUUUUCCUUUGCUUCUCAGCCAUCAUCGUCUAGUCCGAUACGCAACGCAGCGGAUUUCAAAGAAAAUGUGGAAUUCUGGGUCUGGAAACCUUGGCGGACCUUGCUUCUCAACCCCUCACAAAUAUCUGCAUCCGGAGCUGUGGAAAAUACCGCUCUUUUCUGCGACCGCUUUGGCCGUCACGGUGCACGAGAAAAGAGGCCUCGCAUUCUGGUCGUGGAGCCUGGACCUUUCACAUUCUCACUUCUGGCUUGUGUCUUGUUCAACAUGGCGACUUUAAACGAACCUUGUGAGAAAGAUGCAGAAACAGUCAUCAAUGCUGAUGCAUCUCCGUCAAAGAACGGCCAGUCCGAUGAAAAGCGAGCGGCAGUAACAUACCCAGAAGGUGGCUUGCAGGCUUGGACUACUGUGUUCGCCAUAUGGUUGAUACAGUUCUCUACGUUUGGAUACACCAACGCCUAUGGAGUCUUCAAUGAUUAUUAUGUUCGAAUUUACAUGGAAGGGAAAUAUUCAUCGUCAACAGUGAGCUGGGUCGGUAGCAUGCAACUUUGGCUAGUGAUGUCCAGUGGCCUUGUCUCAGGCCGACUUUAUGACUCGGGUUACUUUUAUCAUCUCAUCAUCGGCGGUUCAAUUAUUUUCGUCUUCUGUCUCUUCAUGUUAUCUCUGGCCCAACCUGGCGAAUUCUAUCAGAUUUUUCUAGCUCAAGGCGUUGGUGCUGGUCUUGGUAUCGGUUUAAUAUAUGUCCCUGGGAUCGCAGUAGUCUCGCAGUAUUUCUACAGACGACGAACACUAGCAAUGGCUAUUGUCGCUUCUGGAUCGGGCGUUGGAGCUGCUUUGCAGUCAAUCAUGUUAAACAAGCUGUUCCAAAGACUCGGAUUUCAGACUGCCGUUCGAAUAAGUGCUGCGUUCAAUGCUGGCAUUUUGUGUAUUGGCAUCCUUUUAUCUCGGACGAGGCUGACGCCUGCGCCGUCAACAGAUAGAAAUAUCUUCCGAUACAUGAAAGUCUUUUUUCGCGAACCACAGUAUGUUGCUGUAGUAAUGGGAACAUUCUUCAACCUGAUGGGUUUGUUCUUUCCCACCUUUUUCUUGCAGCUUAAUGCAAAUGAGAAGGGAAUAAUGUCUGAAAAUUUGGCCUUUUACCUGUUGCCCGUAUUGAAUGCCUCCACCGUUAUAGGUCGUGUCCUCUUUCCAAUGAUGGUCCCAUUACUAGGGAUAUUCAACAUCGUCAUUCCAUCCGUGUUCAUAUGCGUUAUUCUGAUCUUCUGUGAGCUCACUGUCACCUCUGCUGGUGGAUACUUUGUUAUUGCGGUGCUUUACGGUGUUUUCUGGGGUGCAUAUGUGGGCAUGUUCGCCCCGAUGGUAGGAUCGUUGGCGAAGGAAGACUCGGAAAUUGGUGCGAGAAUGGGCAUUUGUUUUACGUUCAAUAGUUUUGGGGGCUUAAUAGGGACACCAAUUGCCGGUGCUUUACUUACACCAUCAUUUAUAUGGUGGCAACCGACGUUGUUCGCUGGGCUGAGCGGCGCCGCAGGUGUUAUUUGCCUGGCGGCCUCCAGGUUUUGGAUUGCUAGAGAAAAAGGCUCUCAAAUAGCUUAG